GGAGAUAAUUACAGAGGGAAUGCCGGGCACUUCCUUCCUCGGCAGUCCGCUGCUUCCGCUGCCGCCGGCCGCGGCAACGACCCACCGCCGGCACCAAUCCAAAAUCAGAAUGUCAGACAACCAAAGCCCCAUCAUCGCCGUCACAAAGCUCCUCUGGGGCAACUCCCUCCCGCCGAACCUCCUCAUCUCCACCGCCCGCACCGCCUGGUCCGCCGCCUGGCACCUCAUGAUGUCGCAGCUCGCCCCGUCGGACUCCACCGGCCGCUACACGCGCCCAAGCUCCCAAUUCCGCCUCACCACCGCCGCGGCGAGCGCCUCCGUCUCCCGCCGGAACCUCCACCUCUACGUCGGCCUUCCCUGCCCUUGGGCUCACCGAACUCUGAUUGUCCGCGCCCUCAAAGGCCUCGAAGAUUCCGUCCCCGUCUCCGUCGCCGCCCCCGGCGCCGACGGCGCCUGGGAAUUCACAGGUAGCUCUACCACCGCUCCUGACGCCGACGUUAUCGUUCCCAGUGUGGACAACGCCAAUCGGCGCAAAACCCUAAAGGAAGUCUACAAAUUGCGCCGGGGAGGGUACGGCGGCAGGACCACGGUCCCGAUGCUGUGGGACGCUGACAGAAACGACGUCGUUUGCAACGAGAGCUACGACAUUAUCGAGUUCUUCAACUCAGGAUUGAACGAGAGAUCCAAAAAUCCAGAGUUAGACCUUUCUCCAUCUGAAUUGAAGAAACAGAUCGAUGAAUGGAAUCAAAUCAUUUAUCCAAGCAUCAACAACGGCGUCUACAGGUGUGGAUUUGCGCAAAGUCAAGAAGCAUACGACAGCGCCGUAGACGGAUUGUUUAGUGCAUUAGACAAUGUAGAAGAGCAUUUAGGGCAGAAUAGAUAUCUAUGUGGCGACACAUUAACUCUCGCAGACAUUUGCUUAUUCACAACUUUGAUAAGGUUCGAUCUUGUCUACAACGUGCUGUUCAAGUGCACGAAGAAGAAGCUAGUCGAAUACCCAAAUCUCCAUGGAUACACUCGCGAUAUCUACCAGAUCCCAAAAGUUGCAGCAACUUGCAAUUUACGGGCAAUUACAGACGGGUACUACAAGACCUUGUUUCCGCUGAAUCCCAGCUGCAUCCGGCCGGCAGUGCCGGCGGGAUGCGAGCAUGAAAUGCUGUGUAAGCCUCACAGGAGGGAGGUGUUGUCAAUGGCGCGAGGUAAUGUUAAUGCAUUGAUUUCCUAGAUGUACAAAUUUUGGUGUUUGUGAAUAUUGUUACUUGGUGUGCGUUGUAUUGUAUAUAGAUAAUGUAAAAGAAGCCAUACUUUUGGUUUAGUGAAGUUUCUUUUUUUUU